AUGAUACUUGGAAAGAAAGAAGUCUCUCCUCUUCUCUUUCUUUCCUCCUUUCUACCUUUUUCUUUCUUUUUCCCUUUACUUUUCUUUUUGCUAUUUCUGUCCUUUCUUUCACCUUUUUCUUUUUCCUUUGUUUGCUUUCCUCUUUAUUUUUUUCUUCCUUUCUUUUCAUUUUUCUCUUUUAUCUUCUUUUCUCUUUUUUCUUUCUUUUUUUUUUCACUCUGUUUUGUUUUCUCUUUUCACCUUCCUUCUCUCUAUUCAACUAUCUGUCUUUCUUUCUCACUUUCCUCUAAUGCAUUCACUAUCUUUUCUCUUAUUGUGACUCUCCUCUCUCCUCAACUGUCUUUCUUUCUUUCACCUUCCUCUUAUGCAUUCACUAGCUUUUUUCUUAUUAUGACUCUCCUUUUUUCUCUCUCCUCAACUAUCUGCCUUUCUUUCUCUUUUUAUUCACAGUCUUAUGCAUUCUCUACCUUCUCUUAUAUUACAACUCUCCCCUUUUCUCUCCAUUUAUCUAUCAGCAUUUCCUUCUCAUUUUGUUUUUCUUUUUUUCCUUUUUCUCCUUCCUCUUUUUCAAACUCUUUCCUUUUCUUUUUAGCCAUCACUUUGAGAAGCAUUUCGUAUAGAUUCUCUCUCUCCUAUUCUUUUUUCUUUUCAUUCUUUUGCUCUUUCUUUAUUCAGUUUUGUUUCUUCUUCAACUUAAGAACCUCUCCUCUCUUUUUCUCUCUCAUACUUCCCAACAUACAUUUUUUUUACUACUUCCCCUCACUUUUCCUAUUCUCUUCCCCUCACUUUUCCUAUUCUCUUCCCCUCACUUUUCCUUAUUCUCUUUCCCUCACUUUUCCUUAUUCUCUUUCCCUCACUUUUCCUAUUCUCUUCCCCUCACUUUUCCUAUUCUCUUCCCCUCACUUUUCCUAUUCUCUUCCCCUCACUUUUCCUAUUCUCUUCCCCUCACUUUUCCUUAUUCUCUUUCCCUCACUUUUCCUAUUCUCUUUCCCUCACUUUUCCUUAUUCUCUUUCCCUCACUUUUCCUUAUUCUCUUUCCCUCACUUUUCCUAUUCUCUUUCCCUCACUUUUCCUAUUCUCUUCCCUCACUUUUCCUAUUCUCUUCCCCUCACUUUUCCUUAUUCUCUUUCCCUCACUUUUCCUUAUUCUCUUUCCCUCACUUUUCCUAUUCUCUUCCCCUCACUUUUCUUAUUCUCUUCCCCUCACUUUUCUUAUUCUCUUUCCCUCACUUUUCCUAUUCUCUUUCCCUCACUUUUCCUUAUUCUCUUUCCCUCACUUUUCCUUAUUCUCUUUCCCUCACUUUUCCUUAUUCUCUUUCCCUCACUUUUCCUUAUUCUCUUUCCCUCACUUUUCCUUAUUCUCUUUCCCUCACUUUUCCUAUUCUCUUUCCCUCACUUUUCCUUAUUCUCUUUCCCUCACUUUUCCUUAUUCUCUUUCCCUCACUUUUCCUUAUUCUCUUUCCCUCACUUAUCCUAUUCUCUUUCCCUCACUUUUCCUUAUUCUCUUUCCCUCCUUCUUUUCCUUGUUUCUUUUUUUGCUCAUUUGCUUGUUUUUUAUCCUUUUUUCUUGUCCUUUUAUUUUCUUUCCCUUUCAUUAUUUUUGCUCUUUAUUUCCUUCCCACUUUACCUUUUUCUCUUUUCUUCUUUUUCCUUCUCUUCUCUGAUUUCUUUUUUCUUUCUUUUUUUCAUUCCCAUUCCUCUCUUUUUACACCCUCUCUUAUUAUUUUUCCCUUUUUUCUUAACUAUUUCUUGUACUUAUAAUUCACAUCCUCUUUCUUUCUUUCUUUCUUUCUUUCUUUAUAGCUUUUUUAUUUCUCUCUCUGUCAUCUUUUUAGUCACCACCCCUACUUUUUUUUUCCUUCUCUAUAUCAAUUAA